AUGUCUUCUUAUCGUGGAGACCGUGGCAGCUCCCGUGGUGAAUACCGAGGUGGAAGUCGUGGUGACAGCCGUGGCGGUGGUGGCUAUCGAGGAGACUCCCGUGGCCGUGGAGACCGAGGUGGAAGCCGUGGCGAUAGCCGUGGUGGAGGUGGCUAUCGGGGACCGCCACCAGCAACUGCAGAUGUUCUCACCGCUAAUCCACCUGAACUGAGCAAGGAACUUCAUAAGUUUGAAGACCAAUGUCUCAAAGAGGGCCCCAAGGUGGCUGGUUUUGAGAAACCGGCUCGGCGUCCGGCAUAUGGAAGCUUGGGGAAGUUGAUUACGGUGCGGGCUAACUUCUUUGAGCUUUCGUUGGAUCCCUCGCGGGAAUUCCACACAUACCGGGUCGCGAUUUCACCUGAGCCGACGGUAAAGCGACUCAAGAAAGAUGUCUUCGACAAGCUUUUGAAGCAUGACCGAAUCACAGCGGUAUUUGGCUCCUCUGAUAUGGCCCAGGAACUCAUUACAUCUGGUCCAUUGGAAUCACUUUCGCCUAUCAAGAUCAAUCUUCCGGAUGGCAACAAGAAAGAGCCGAAGACUUAUACGGUUAAAAUCAGCAAGGCAGAGGAAAAGGACGGUGUUGUGCACCAGUUCAGCCAAAAAUGCUUGUCGAGCUCUCUCAAAUCCACCCAGCAGGUAUACCCUGUGGAGCAAGAGACUGUCGCAAUGCGGGCCAUCAACAUUAUGAUGACUCGUGUCCCAUAUGGAGACAAAGGCGUUGUCAUUACAGGCAAAGGACGCCAGAAGUUCUUCUGGAUUGAUAGCAGGAAGCAGUUUGCCUAUCUGGGAGGUGGCCUCGAGGUUCUCCGUGGAUUCUUCACGAGUGUACGACUCGGUGCCGACAGGUUGCUUUUGAACGUGAACGUGAAUCACGGUACCUUCUUCCGUCCAGGGCCUAUGAUUGACUUGACGCACGGAUUCAUGAAAGAAUACGGAGAAGAUCGUCAAUUGUUCAAUCGUUACAUUCGGGGCUUGCGCGUUGAGGUCUCACACCUUCCUCCCGAUAAGGAUGAGAACGGUGUCGAGAAGCGCCGACAGAAAUCAGUCUGGGGACUCGCGUCACCCAAGGAUGGGAAGAAGGGUGACAAGUUCAAUCCUCGUGUUCAAAAUCUCGGCUCCUCGCCUCCCAAUGUUGAAUUCUGGGAGACUGACCACGAUGACAAGACCGGCAAGACCGGCAAAUAUAUCUCUGUUAAGGACUACUUCAAGAAAGCCUACAAAAUGGACAUCAAAGAGUCCGUGCCAGUUCUCAAUGUUGGCAACGCAGAGCGACCUGUCUACCUUCCUCAGGAAGUAUGCAAAAUUCUUCCGGGACAGACUUUCAACGGCGAACUCUGUACCACUCAGCGCCAGGCAAUUAUCAAAUUCUGCUGCCGUCGUCCUCCGGACAACUAUGUCUCCAUCAUGAACGACGGUCUAGAGAUUCUGGGAGUCAAGGAGCAGAAAAAACUCAAAGAUGCCGGUGUCAAAGUUGGGAGUCAAAUGAUGGCAGUUCCUGCUCGUGUUCUUGCGCCUCCUACUCUCAAGUAUGGGCAAAAACCAACCACCCCUCGGGCUGCCAGCUGGAAUUUGAGGGACGUGAAGUUCACCACGCCUGCUCCUAACCCGACCUGGGCUGUUAUAAGCCUCAUGAGUGCUGCCAAGAUGACGAAGCACACGGUGGAUGACUUGGCAAAACGCAACGAGCCUGAAAAGUCCAUCAAAGAGCUGCAGAAUUCUUUGCGAGAAUUGGGCAUUGUAUGGCAACCACCAAACCAACCCUAUAAGGCGUUUACAUACACUCCAGCUACCUGCCUUGACGUCGUCGAAGGCAUUUUGCAGAAGUGCAAGGAACGCAAGGUCAAAUUUUUAGUUGUCCUCAUGUCCGACAGCGAGGAGAAAGCCUUCAAUCACCUCAAGUGGGGCGGCGAUUGCACUCAUGGAAUCUUGACCCAUGUCUGCAAGAUUGAUAAGUUCACCUCUGGGGACAAGCAGUACCUGGCAAACAAUGCGAUGAAGGUCAACUUGAAGCUCGGCGGUGUCUGCCAAGUACUUGACUCGAAGAAGAAUGCUCUACUUAUUGGCGAAGGAAAAACGAUGGUCGUCGGUCUCGAUGUCACUCACCCAUCAUCGAAUGACCCCGAAUCAUGCCCCAGCGUAUCGGCCAUUGUUGCCAGCACUGACAGCAAAAUGGGUCAAUGGCCGGGAGAGAUUCGUAUUCAGGGCAGGCGUGAAGAGGUCAUUCUGCAAGUUGGCCUGAUGAUGGAGGGUCGUCUGAGGCGUUGGAAGAAAGAAAACGGGUCCUUGCCCCAGAAUAUCCUGAUCUACCGUGACGGUGUCAGCGAGGGCCAGUACGCGAUCAUGAUUAGGGACGAGAUUAGCAACAUCCGAAAGGAAUGUGAACGCAUCUACACUGAACGGGGUGCUAAGGGGCCAAAAAUCUCAUACGUUGUUGUUGGAAAGCGUCACCAUGUUCGUUUCUUCCCUACUUCAAGCGCGGAUCUCGACAGGAACAAUAACCCGAACCCUGGAACAUGUGUUGAUCGUGGAAUCACUCGUCCAGCCCUGUGGGAUUUCUAUCUCCAAGCCCAGGCUGCAAUCAUGGGGUCUGCUCGCCCAGCACACUACAUCGUGAUGGAGGAUGAUAUCUUCACAUGCGCCGACAAGCCUAAGGGCUUGACGGGUCAACCCAUGAAUGAUCUCCAAGAGAUCACCCACUCUAUCUGCUACAUGAUGGGUCGUUGCACUCGAUCUGUCUCCUACUGCACUCCGGCUUUCUUGGCCGAUCGAUUCUGUGAUCGUGCACGGAAGUAUGUUCUCGCACACUACACUAAGUUCUACGAGAUCAAAGGCCAUAAAGAUCCAGCCGCACCUCCUCCAACAAUGGGCGACCUUAGGCUCCAUGAACGGACCGCCGAGCACAUGGUUUACAUCUAG